UGAUUCAUUGGUAGUGGCGAGUCGCUUUGUUCACCGCAAGGAAGAAAACCGGCACCUCUUCAAGACGGCGCGGCGGGUACGUUCAUGUUUUUGCGCCGCCCUUCUUGGAGACAUCAUAUACUAUUUGCACGUAGACGCUCUUUUAUUGAUCCAUCCAGAGAAGCUGCGCGUCGAUGUGCGUGGAUUGUAAAGAUCGUUGACUAUCGCUUACUCGCUGUAGUCAAUUGCUAACCGUCGCAUCGUCAACAUGUUGUUCGCUAUAUGGAGUUUCUUUUUUGUUUGGAUUUCCCUAACGAUCCGGUUCGGCAAAGGUCAAAGUUUCGAACCGUACGAGACGUCACACGUGGCCCUGAUUGGCUGGACUCAACGCAAUGGCGCCAUUAAUUUCGAUUGCGCGGGCUCGUACCUAGGAAAGAACAUCAUUUUGACCGGAGCACGUUGUCUGGAACGGGAUGGUGCCUUGGCGGAUAUCGUUCGGCUCGGAACGGCGAUGGGAUCGCCGAUGGAUUUCCACGUUCACAACGUAACUGUUCAUUACCGGUACCAGGCUGAGUACUAUUACCACAAUAUGGCGAUCAUCAUCCUGAAAGAGGACCCCCAAACAGUGUCAACCAAAUUUAAACCAGCUUGCAUUUACUCAAGGCCUCCGCCGAUUCCGGAAGGACGCGUCCACUUGAUGGGCCGUGACGUGGAUGACGCAUACCUGAAGACGGAACUGGACCUGGUUGAUUCGGACAAGUGUCACGAAUACUACAGUCCAACCAAAAAGUUGAAGUAUGGCGCGCUGUUGGUCUGCUGUAUGUGCGCUCGGAAUGCCCAGGUCGGCAAAUGCGCAUCCGAGCUGGGUUCGCCGAUGCAGAUAGUACUGGAGAAGAAUGGGAAACGAGUUCCAUUCUUGGUCGGGCAGAAGACGAUUGGCCGGUCGUGUGGCACCAAGGUGCCCGGAAUCUACACCAGAUUGAGCUCGGAUGGACAUUUGCCGUGGAUUGCGACCAUUGCCCGAAUGGAUUUCUACAAUCACGAUGCUUGCAUUGAAAAAUAUUGACCGAAAUCUCUCGAGCAAUCAUUUUCCGUCUGACAUUUCUGAAUAAUUUAUUAACAUGUAAUAAUGAAUAUUUAUUAAAUGUAUGUACUAAACAAUAUAUGUUCUGAUAAAAUGA